GAAUCGAAUAGGAAAUAGUUCUGUAGUUCGAAUGCCAUUUUAUUAGUGUUCUAUGGCUUAACCUCUAAAAAUUAUUAUUUUCAAAAUGUUACGGCAAGAAUGUUUUAAAAGAUCGUUCGCCGCUGUACGUAUAUUCAACAAAUAUUUAAGUUCAAACUCCUCCGUAAACAUCGAAAAAUUGGAACAAGAAAGUGCGACUGUAGAUGUAUUCGAUGAAGAAGCUCAUUUGAAAGAAGAACAAAUUCAGGCUAGCAGAAAUAAAUCCCGACUUUAUGAAGCUCACAGGAAUAUUGUUUUGGAUCAAAAUCCCUAUCCUGAAUCUAAACAAUGGUUUCAUGAUACUAUAGUGUAUAAACGCAAAAUAUUUGGUAGAUAUGGUUUUAAUAGUGGGGUUGACCCAGCAAUUUGUUGGCCUACGGAUAAAGAAUUGGAGGAGACUUUGGAAUACGAAAAAGUGGCAUAUCCGUUUACUAUUCCAGAAAUGAUACGAACUGCCAAGGAAAUAAGGGCAGCUAAAGAUGAAGCAACACGAAAACGUCAAGAGGAUAUGUUAGUUAAAUUAUCCAAGUUAGAAGGAUGGAAGAAAGACUUAGAAAUGAGGAUAGCAAAGAAAGAGGCUGAAGCAAAUGCAUCCAGAUUGAAAAGAGAAAGGUUGAUCGAGGAAGUCAGAAAGCAUUUCGGAUAUAAAGUUGAUCCCAAAGAUGAUAAGUUCAAGGAGUUACUUGAGAAGAAGGAGAAAGAACAGAAAAAAUUAGCAAAAGAAGCAAGGAAGAAGGAGAGAGAAGCCAAAUUGCUUGAAAAAUUGAAAACUAAGAAGAAAGGAGAUAAGAAUGAUGAAGAAGAAAAAGUACCAAAUGCUUCUAAUGAAAAGAAAACCGACGAUGAAGAAAAAAUAUAAAUAAGUGCUUAUCAAACGAAUGCUAUAGUUAUUGUCUGAUAUUAAAAUAUAUCCUUUUGUACCAUAUGAAUUUUUCACUGUAAAAGUAAGGUGAAAUGAAAAUAAUUGAUGAAAUAAAGUUAAAUUAUAUAGUUA